CGGUUGCGGUUCAGUUGGUUGAAUAUUGAGCAACAGAUUCGCGGUAGUUUUCAACAGGUAUCGCAGCGUAAGUGAAACGAUGGCGUUGCGUUAUGUUACUUCUCGGGUUGGCAGUGGUUCUUGGCGUUUUGUUUCGAUCCAUUCCAAGCGGUAUCAAAGUGUGCAAGCGGCCCAGAGUGUCAUUGAUCAAGAAUGGGAAUCGGCGCGUCCCUAUGAAAGUAUUCCAGGUCCCUCGUUUAUGGACCUUAUGAAAGGCUUCCGACGAGAAGAAAACAAAUCAGAUAUGCCGGUUCUGGCAUUGUUCAAUCAAUUCCGGAAAGACUACGGAGACCUUGUUCGCAUGAAGGGUAUUUUGGGAAAGCCAGAUAUUGUGCUCAGCUUCAAUCCGCACGAUUACGAGAAAGUGUUCCGCACUGAGGGCACGUGGCCAGUACGCCGUGGUCUGGAUACGUUCACCUACUAUCGGCAGAAGGUGCGACCGGAUGUUUUUGGAGAAUCUGGAGGAUUGGCAAAUGAACAAGGAGAAAAAUGGCAACAGAUGCGCACGAUUACCAAUCCGGUCAUGAUGAAUCCCAAAACGGUAGCCCUUUACGUCGAUCAAGUUGAUGCGAUCGCUCAUGAGUUUUUGGCUGUUGUGGAUGGGUUGCGCGACGCGAAGAACGAGCUGCCGGCUGAUUUCGACCAGUGGUUGAAUCGAUGGGCACUGGAGACGAUGGGAUUGUUGGCGCUAGAUACGCGGUUCGGUGUGUUGAGGUCAAAUCAAUCAGCAGAGGCCCAGACCAUCAUCUCGCUGGUUCGUGAUAUCUUUGAACUGACAUUCUGCCUAGACAUUGAGCCUUCGAUCUGGAAGUACUAUAAAACAUCGACAUUCCACCGGCUGAUGAAGGUGUUUGAUGACCUGACAAACUUGAUCAUGGUAAAGAUCGAUGAAGCUGUGGUGCGUAUCGAGAAAAAUCCCAAAACCGAAGGCAAUUUAAGUGUGCUGGAGAAGUUGCUCAAGGUUAACAAGAACGCUGCCUUGGUUAUGUCUUUUGAUAUGAUAAUGGCCGGCAUAGAUACGACCUCAUCCACAACGGUUGGAGUGUUGUACUGCCUGGCAAAAAAUCCCGAAAAACAGGCGAAACUGCGAGAGGAGCUGCGUGCAAUAAUGCCGAACAAGAAUUCACCACUGACGACGGAAAACAUGCGCAACCUACCGUACCUGAGGGCCUGCAUCAAGGAGGGUUUGCGAAUGUACUCACCGGUUGCCGGAAACUUCCGCGCCACCGGACGAGACAUUGUGCUGCAAGGAUAUCGUAUCCCGAAAGGGACCGACAUAUCGAUGGUAACCCCGGCACUGCAGCGCGAAAACCGAUAUUUCCACGAAGCGGAACAGUAUCUUCCUGAACGUUGGCUCAGCGAUCGUCCGGAGGGAAUAGCGAGCGCCAAGGACACAAAUCCGUUCAUUUUCCUGCCCUUUGGAUUCGGUGCUAGAAGCUGCGUUGGGAAGCGGCUGGCCAUGAUGGAAGUCGAGAUCGUUAUUUCGCGGUUUGUGAGAAAUUACGAGAUUCGCUGGAAUUAUGCUGACAUGAAAAUGAAGUCCAACCUCAUUAACAUCCCGUCAAGUCCAUUGCAGUUUGAGCUGAAGGAUGUAGCCAUGUAAGAGGAUGUGAACGGUGAACGAUUCAAUCGUUCAGUUUGAUGAAAAUAUAAAACGAAGAUUACCAAAAACA